CUGAGCAGCCUGGUCAGGAGGGUGGGAUUGAAUCAUUGGUGCUCACAGCAGCUCCGCCAACGGGGAUGGGGCCCUUAGGAGCCCACCGGACCCAGCAGCUUGGCCAGGCAGAAACACCUGGUGAGGGGGCAGCUUCUGGGAGGGAGUCACGACACAGCGGCGGGGGUGGUACGGCACGGUACGGCACGGUACGGCACGGUACGGGGUCACUACGGGUGGCACAGAGCACAGCAGACACACACACCGUCACAAUGUUCAGAGGGAGCGCACCCGGCAUCGCACUUACCGCUGGAAACGGCGCCCAGCCGCGCUCGGCCCUCGGUCUUUGCACCCCCCGUCCCCCCGGCCUGUCCAGCAGAUUGCCACAACUCGGGCUGGGGGCCCGGCCCGGCGGGGGGGCUGCGCGCCCCCGGGCCUGGCAGGCACGAAGGCAAGGUGGCAGAUGUGCUGGGGCGGCGAACUGGCCCCGGCGGGGGUCUCGGUCCCGCGUGCGAUUUACACACUGUACAAGUAUUUACAGCGCUCGGAGUGGCGGGGCCGGCAGCCCGCGGGAGGCACCCCAGGCUCUGCACUUGUCACCUGCGGGGAGAGGCGGUGGCUGCUGCCCCCGGCAUCCCCGUCCCACAGCCACAGCCGCCGGCCUGCCCCCAGCCUUGGGCACCGGCAGAGCUCCCGGCGAAGGAUCUGCCACAAAGCGUGGGCUUCCCGAGGCAGCCGGGUCCUCGAUCACAAGUGCAUAAAUCUGCUAAGAGCUUUCAGUACAGCGAUGGACUGAUGGAGAAGAAAGAAAAAAGAAAAGUCCAGGCAAAGAACAGCAAGCACUGAAAGGCGGGUGGAACCGUGCAGAGAAGUAGCAAGCCAUGCUCUACGACGGGACAGACGGUCACGGGCGCUAGGGCUGCCCUUUGGCAAAGUGGCCCUCCGUGGGUCGAACAUGCCACGAAUUCAUACGCACGGGUGGUCGGUACAGAAUAGUUCUCGGGUCGCUCGACGGCACGCUUUGCGAUGGAACCCUUAGGCGCGACAUUGAACUGAUUAGCUAUUCACAGGUCUUGUUCUGGAGUCGUGUUAUUUCGUUGCAUAGAACAUCAGGCGGGUGAGCGGGCGGCUGCCUCCCGCCACGGGGGUGUCGGCGGGGCGCUGCCAGCGCGGGGAGGCGGCGGGGCGCGGGCGAACCCCCUCCUCGGGUUGCCUCCCCCCUGGGAAUCCCCUCCUGGCAGGGCGAGUGGGCUUUGGCCGCCGGACGCUGCGCCGGCCGUCCCCGCAAAAUGGCUUGAGAAGGACUUGGAUUGCACAGUAAAAGGAAGGAUACUGCCGGAGGCAAAGCUCUCCUGAUCUUGUUCCACGGGAUUUGUGCUCUUUUGUAGCCUCCUGCACUCUAUUGCUUCUACAGACGACAGCCCGUGUGCUAACUCAUCGCACAAAGCAAAGAGGGAAGAGGAUUUGAUAUAAACUUUAGAAAAAUAAAACCCCGAAACCAAAAGAAAAUGAACCCAAAGAAACCGAGAAAAAAA